UCCGCCAUGCCACCAGGAGUAAUAUCUAUUCUCAUCUCGGCAACACUGGUGAAACGUUUGCCAUCGAUCUGCGGCUAUAAUUCAUGACAGUGGCCUUUCUCUCAUAUAUAAGAAUUGGGUGGGGGUGGUUCCGCCAGUGGCUGAUAUCUCUCCCCGUUCUCCUGUGUAGAGGUAAGUCUCGCCAUCAUGGCCACUAGAAGUCUAGAGGAUGACGUGAGGCUGGAGUGUCGUCUUCGUCUGGAGGAGCUUCUGGCGGAUGCCGACCCUUGUCUGAUCUGCCGGUAUCCCGAUCUUGUUAGAAUGUAUGCACCGCCUCCGAGUGGACUCGGCGAAGGGAGAGAGGUGCAUCCCGAUGCCCUUAUUGGCAUUGAACGCCUUGAUGGCAUCCCAGCCAGGGCGUGGGUGGUUGGCGCUGAGGAAGGCCGAGGCCACUGCAGGCUAUCACAGCAUUUGGCACAUGCUUGGUGCUCCAGGCAGUCUUCUUUGCCUUCACUGCAUUCAUACAAGGCACUGAUGGCAUUCAACAGUGAGCAAGUGAGCAGUGACGGUUGCUGGGAGGCAGCGAAAACUUUACUACCAGACACUGUCAAGCGGUGGGGUGCAGCUGACGUUGCAGAAUGGAUGGAGGAGAAUCGCCUUCUCAUCAUCGUUGAAGACUUCGACUAUCGCAAGUGCAGAGAAAUGGUUGGAGAGACACUGGAAGAAUGGAGUGGCGCGGACUUCCUGCUCUUGACGACGCCUUCUUACGUUGCAGACACAACCGAGCUUUUAGCCGAACACCUUCCAACGAUCAAGUUUAACGUCCAGAAUGUGGAAGUGAAUCUUAGUCUGCAGUUGUUGAAAGAUCUCACUCUGACUGAAAAGGGGAAAUUUGGUCAAUGGUGCGAAAGUAAAUGGGCUAUAGUCAAAGAGAUCAUCAAUUACCCUGAUUUAAUGCAACCAAUGUGGCAUGCUUGGCAUCACAAAUAUAUCUGUGAUGCUACUACAACCACUACUGAGUUGCUGUGGACCAUAUUAUUAGCUCACAUUGCUCAGAACAUACACAUGGAUAUGGAAUUGGUGCACAAGUGGUUCCAGGCAAUUGGCCAAAAAGCAAGAGAGAGUUUGGAAGAUAGAAAUAGGGAGCCAGUGAAGAAAGAGGAGGUCAUGAAUGCAGCGCAAGAGAUUUUUCCCAGUGGAUUUGCUGAAGAAGUGCUCACUAAAUCUCUGCCAUGCCUGUAUUCAUGGCUUUUGCCGGGAAACAUUUAUUAUCCUCAUCCAGCAAGCAAUUCCUUGCUGCCUGGGAUGUUGAUUUUAAAACUAUUAACAAAAUAUCUAAUAGACGAAGACAGUGUAGUCAUUUACGCAGCGGGGCAUCUUCAUCGCAUUUUAGAACUGCAGCCCCAGUUUAGGGAUGAUAACGUGACUCGCUGCGCUCGAAAUUUGAUCUUGCAUAUGGACAGGGCGAAAGAUAGAUUUGAAUACAUUCUAAGGGUCAUCUACGAAAUCCAUAGUCAAUCCCUGGAUAGUGGACAUAUUCAAAAAGGAAAUUGUAUUUCAUUUCAGCGUCACUGGGAAGUUCACGACAAAGGGAUGAUACCAUCUUCCAUAGAAACCCUUUUGAAAUUCGAGACCCCAGCCAAGAUCCUUCUGCUCAUCAGCAAAAAACGGGAAGCUCCUGACCUAGAAGGGAUGGUCAAUCUACUCUCUAGGAAUACAAUACCGAUGUGCUUGCUCGAGUCAAAUCAUCUCGAAUGGGAGAGCCCCUCCACAACAGACGAAUACAUCAAGAUUCUGCAGGAGGGGAAUGCUGCAGUGGAGGAUGUUAUUGGCUGCCUGAAAAGCGAUACCAUCCUUAGCUUGGGACAAAAUGCCAUGACACGCAACUUAGUUUGCUUGCGAGCUCGCCUGACCGAUCUCGAAAGUGUCAAGGCGCUGUUCGAUUGCCCUCAACACCUGCCUUGUCUGUUAUGGCUUGAGGCAGAUUUCGACCUCCCUCUCUCUCAACUUGAAGACCUCGAGCUCCCUCAAGUCAACACAGGUUUGAUGGAUGUCUGCUUUAAGGAGACCCAUGAUGAAGACAUCCCUUUUCUUUGUAAGUUUCUGAGCACCAUAAGGAAAAAUUAUUCCGGCAUUCACCUCACGAGGAGCUCGGUCACUCCCCAGGGAGCGAAGGAGCUUUUAAAACAAUUUUAUAAGCUUGGCAUGAAGAUGUCAGUGGACAUCGCUAUCGUCAAUCGCUAUAGACGAUGGAGGUUCUUCAUUUUGUCGACGAUCCCCAAGACGGAUGAGAUGACGCAAGAGAAAGUGCAGCAUCUCUUGGGCUAUGACGACCGCCACCAUUACAAUGACAACGAGGUCUUCUCCAGCGCGGUUGCUGAUCACGAAGAGGCUGAUGCUUUGGCGCACUUCUUGGGGCUCAUGAAGGAUGUGCUCUGCUUCAGAUACGCCUGUAGUAAUUACCUGGUUGUUAAGAGUUGUAAUGGAAGUAUUGAAGCCAAGAAAUUAAUGUGAGUUCUUGUGUCUAGAGUAUUUUAUUUGCAUCGGUCAUGCAAAUAUCAACCAUGUAAGCAUGAAAAGUUUACAAAACUCUCAUUUGAUCUUUGAUCUAGUCUGAAAUAGGAUAUGUCUCACCUAAAUAUGAGUAUGUAUUUAGAUAUCUUCCAUUUUAUAAUUUUGUUGAAGACUGCAGUUGAAAACAAUAGAUGGCUUUUUAUUUUAAACGUAAACCUUAUUACAAAAGGAGAGGAAAAUCUUUCAUAUUGAUUUUACUAUGAUUAGGAAAAUAAAGGAGGUUUAAUUUCAAACAAUAACUAGGUAGGCGAGUUGGGGUCAUUUUCGUGUCUGAAGACAGUCUGAACCACCACAAACCACGGCAAGUUGAGCUAAAAAUAUUGUUUCCAAGAACAGUCACUUACCAAGUUUUUGUGGCAUGCACAAUGUUAAGACUAUUCAAGCAAAGACUUCUCUGGUUACGUUACUUCGACAAGCAUGGAGUAAAUAUCACAAUUCGUAUCCUUUGCAAUAAACUAGGGGUAGCCAUAUUAUGCAGCCGAUUGUAACAGCCUCUUGGAUACAAUAAACAAAAUACUUAAUCUGUUCAGGGGAAGGAUUGGUCUAUGAAUGUGUGUGUUUACAAUGUGUUUUGAAUAUCUUUUUCACAUCAUUAUGAUGCUUCAUAGCUACAAAAAAUAGCAUGUUCUCCGCCCGCACACCUGUUUCAUUUCCCACAUACUACAUUUCCCAUAUCAUCUCCGAUUCCCACCACUAACCAUCGCAGGACUACCAUAUAUGGCAGCCUCAUAUCUGCCAUGAUUGCUUCUUAUUCAAAAAUAUAAUGUCCUCAGGUCGUUUUUUUUUUCUUUUUACCCGCAUGUUUCUUAGCAGGAAUAUAAGUUGGCUUUAAGUAUAAACCCAAAUCUGGGCCCGAGUUCCUCACUGAACGAGUAGGUUGCAUACUCACCUAUUGAUCUGGCAGCCUGAGUUCCCUUGCUGCUGGCACUGAUGCAGAAUUAGAGGAAUUCAUUUCUGAUGAUCAAAAAUUCACUUCUCGAUAAAAUGUGUUUUGGAUCACUCAACAAGCUGUAGGUCCCUUCGCUAGGUAACCAGCGGGGUUCUAGCCACGUAAAAAUGAUCUAAUUCUUUGGGCCAGCCCUAGGAGAGCUUUUAAUCAGCUCAGUGGUCUGAUUAAACUAAGAUUUACUUAAUUUAACCAAAUCUAGGCCUACUGCUUAAGCAACGGUUUUGUAUGAAUAAGGUCCAUAUCUUAUUGUCCUUUUCAAAACGUUGCAACAGUCAUCGUAGACCGUUGGACGCUUGUGUUGAGAGACUAGUGAAUUAUUCAAAUCCCUUGCAUAGAUAACUUUCAUUUGUCUACCUGUGCUUUCGUACUUUGGCGCGCGUUCCUAACAACACUUGCUGCCAUGGAUACUAAUGCAAGGCCUGGUGUUGGAGGGAAUU